AUGAAAUUUCCAAGUGUUGCCUGUUUCUUCUUCCUUACUGUUACCCUGCUCCAGUCAUGCCUAAGCCGAAAAUUGAUUGGCGGUAAACAACCUGUUGAAAAUGUGAACAGUGAUAAAAUGAGGAAGGCUGUUGAAAGUGCUGUGUUAGCCUACAAUCAACAAGCGAAUAGUAAACAAUGGUUUACUGAUGUCGAGGUGAAAAAUGCUAAAACUCAGGUAGUUUCUGGUAAACAAUAUCAAUUCGACCUACAUCUUAAACCUAGUAAAUGUGACAAGAAGGAAACAAUGACACAGACGAAAAAUGGAAACAAAGUUCAUUGUAAAGCAAAUGCAGAUGCUGAAGGUGUAGUAUGCACUGCUAAGGUCGUCCACCAACCAUGGCGCAAAGUCCAAUAUAAAGCUACCCUGUCUAAAUGUCAUUCAGAUAAAACCCCAAAGAAGGUGGGAAAAGAGAGUCAAAAACAUGACGGAAAGAAAAAGCAUAAUAACAAUAAACCAACAAAGAAACAUUAA